GAGACGUAACAGGUACUAAAGAUACAUGUAUAUACGUUGUCAGGUUAAUAUUGAUUUAAUACAAACAUCUUCUACUAGAAAGAAGUUUAAUUUAAUUUUAGUCAUUUGAAAACAAAAUAAUAGACCGUUUGGUGUAAAUUAAUUUAAAUAAAUACUUCAUGGAGUGAAUUAGUCAACAGGUGAUUUUAUUGAAGUUAUCUUUUACUAUUAUUAUGUUGAAUGUCAAAACAAUUUAUAAUUGAAGUGACAAAUGUGGUGCAAAUUUAAUUCAUUGGGGAAAAUCUAAGAAAAUUAUAACACAAAUAUUUGUUAAUGUCAACUGAUGUCAACUAUUUAGAAAAUUAUUAAAGUUUACAUUUAUAUCUAUUUAAUUUUAUCAUCAAAAAAGGUAUUUUACAAAAUUAGAAAAUGGCUUCUGCAGUUCCACAAAUAAUUACAUCAGAAAAAUUUAAGUACUACAAAAAUUUGGGUAAAGUUCUUUCAAAUAGAGAAAUUCAAUUAAAUUUAUUGUCCGAGGAAAAGAAAAAGAAUGAUUUGAUUAUUGAAAGUCAGGAAAGGCAAACGAAAUUUAACAAAAUUGACUCUAAAAAAGUAAAUGCAAACAAUCACAAACUAGAUGAAGUUCUAUCGGAAGCGCGUAAACGUUCUAUGCACCUUUUGCAAAGAGCUAAUAAUCUUAGAAUGGAACAAGACGAAGAGGUUCAAAAGUGUUCGCGAAUUAUAUUAGAAAAAAAGUGCAGAGCUGUAAGAGAUGCACAAAUUGCUGAAAAGGAAAUUAUUAAUCAAGAACUAAAAAUGGAAACACAAAACAUUAACGACAUGAUGGAGAAUGAAAGAAGAUUAGCAAUUAAAUUGGAAAUUGAAAAGAAGGAAGAAGAAUAUAAAAUGAAACGACAUUAUGCUGAUGCACUAAAAACGCAAAUAACGGAAAAUGAUAUAAAACGACAAAUAGAAAUACAAAGAAAGCAGGAGGAAAAUAGUUUGAAUAAUUACGCGAGAAUUAUGAAUGAAAAAGAAGAAAUUUCCAAACUUAAAGCACAAGAGGUUGAAAAUGCAAAAAUUCGAAAGAAUUUGUCCGACAUCAAUAAUCAAUUAAAGCAUUUUAAAAAUGUUGAGAAAGAAGAAAGUAAAAUAAUGGAAGCUAGAAUUCAAGAAUAUCAUCGAAUGAGACAAGAACGAGACCGUGAGAAUGUACUUAAGCAGAAAUUAAUAAGACAUCAAAGAGAGAAGACAAAGGAAAAAGUAUCACUUGAAAUACAGAAUUUUUCUAAAAUGAAGAAUUUGCAGCAGGAAAUAAACACUUUAAGAAUUCAAGAAAAAGUUGAAAGAGCCUGGAAGUUAAAGGAAAAGGAAGAAGCUUUAGAAGCAGCAAAAAAUGAAAUGUUAUUAAAAUUGUCAAGAGAGGAACAAAUUAGAGAGAAGCAAAUUAUGUUGGCUUUAGAAAUUAAACGAGAUAAGGAACAAUUAGAUAAGUUUGCCUCCAUUCAAAGUCAGGCAAACAGUAAUGAAUUGAAGGAUAGAAAUAGAAAACAGCAAGAGGCGAUUUAUUACAGAAAUGAAAUUCUAAAACAAAUUAACGAGAAGGAAAAUGAGCGCAGGUUAAUGAAUGAGCAAAAAAUUUAUGAAGGAUUGAUGAAACGAAAGGAAAUGGAAUCAUAUAAGCGACAAAUUGAUGAAGCAAUACGCCAAAAGUUUGCAGAAUUGGAAGGAAAUGCACUACCAGAAAAUUCCAAUGAAAAAAAUAUACACUAAGUAGAUAAAUAGAAGAAAAAAUAAAUCUUUCUUGAUAUUACUUGUAUUUACUUAUAUAAGAAUAUAUAUAAAAAAAUAUAAAAAGAAGGAAAUUUGAUCUCUGAGACACAACUGUGAUAUUCAAUAGUAAUAAAUUGAUUUUAAGGAAAACGGUCAAGGAAAAAAAGGAAAAAGAGUACUGUAUGUGAAUUCAGUAAAUAACUAA